GCCACAUUGCGCAAGCGUACACCACGUACACCGAUAAUCAAAGCUGUCUUGGCUGGAUGCUAGCUAGCUAGCUAUUGGCUAGCUAACGGUCUGUCAAGUCGCACACAUUGGGCUAGAAGGGGGUAGCGCAGCGGUGGAGAAGAAGGGCGACCCAAGCGCCGCUACGAAAUGGCCGGGCAACAGUUCCAGUACGAUGACAGCGGCAACACCUUUUUCUAUUUCCUAACGUCCUUCGUCGGACUUAUUGUGAUCCCAGCAACAUAUUACCUCUGGCCCCGGGAUCAGAAUGCUGAACAACUGCGUCUGAAGAGCCUGAGGAGGGUACAUGGCAGGUGCCUGUGGUACCGGCUCAGGCUGAUGAAGUCACAGCAGAGCUUUGUCCCAACACUAAAAAAAGCAGCGUUGUUAUUUGGCUGGGCUGUGUUCCUGCUGCUAGCGUACAAGGUGUCCAAGCUGGACAGGGAGUACCAGGAGUAUAAUCCAUAUGAAGUCCUCAACUUGGACCCGGGUGCAUCGCUGUCAGAAAUAAAGAAGCAAUACCGUGUACUGUCACUCAAGUACCAUCCUGACAAAGGUGGUAAUGAGGCCACAUUCAUGAGAAUUGCCAAAGCCUAUGCUGCUUUAACCAAUGAACAGUCACGACAGAACUGGGAAAUAUACGGUAACCCAGAUGGUCCAGGAGCAACCAGCUUUGGUAUUGCCCUGCCUGCCUGGAUUGUUGACCAGAAGAACUCAAUGCUGGUGCUGUUGGUAUAUGGACUAGCCUUCAUGGUCAUCCUUCCUGUUGUUGUGGGCACAUGGUGGUACCGCUCCAUCCGAUACAGCGGAGACCAGAUCCUCAUCAACACCACCCAGCUCUUCAUGCAUUUCAUGUACAAGACGCCCAACAUGAACAUGAAGCGGUUGGCCAUGGUGUUGACAGCCGCAUUUGAGUUUGACCCUCGCAGCAAUAAAGAAGCCACCAUACGACCAACAGACAACAUCGAAGUGCCACAGUUGAUUCGUGAGUUGGGAAAUAUCAAUGUAAAGAAGAAGGAGCCUCCGUUCUGCUAUCCUUACAGUUUGAAGGCCAGGGUCUUAGUGCUUGCUCAUCUGGCACGCAUGGAGGUAUCAGAGGAGUUGGAGGAAGAUCAGAGAUUUGUGGUGAGGAAGAGUCCAGCUCUCCUCCAGGAGAUGAUCAAUGUGGGCUGUCAGCUUACCAUGAUGGCCAACAGCAGAGGAGGUUUUCAUGCUCCUCGGCUGGUAACCAUAGAGAAUUGUAUGAAGCUGACCCAAAUGAUAGUGCAGGGUCUGCAGGAGUCAAAGUCACCCCUGUUGCAGCUGCCCCACUUUGAGGAGGAGCACCUCCGCUACUGCAUCUCCAAGAAGUAUAAAGUUCGGAGCCUACAGGACCUGGUGAGUCUCAAGGACUCGGACAGACGCAGCAUGCUGCGUUUCUUGGGGGAGGAGAAAUACGACGAGGUCCUGUCUGUGCUCGGCAGCUUCCCUCACAUCACCAUGGACACCAUACUGCAGGUCCUUGAUGAUGAAGACAGCAAUAACAUCACAGCAGGCUCUAUUGUCACAGUAACCGUCAUCUUAACCAGAAAACGGAUGGCGGAGGUGUUUGAAAAGGAGCAAGAGUCAACACCAUGUCUAACAGAAGAGGCUGCCACUACAGAGGAAGCACAGGGAGACUCAAGUAAAACCAAAACAAAAGUGUGGCAGAACAAGAGUAAAGGGGCAAAGAAGACAGCCAAGUCCAAGAAGAAAAAAUUAACCAAGAAGAAGGCCACUCCUGCACCUCCUGCCAAAACCAAACAGGCAAAUGGCAACGUGGCAGAAAAUGAAGUUGUAGUAGCAGCAGCAGCAGCAGCCGCAACAGCAGUAGUGAAGGAGGACGAGGACGAGCUCUCAGACAAGGGCAGCGAGUCGGACGAGGGCGAAGCCAACAAGGACUCUCCCAGCGAGAGAGACGAAGACAGCGACAAACAAAGCGACACAGAGGUGGACGAGAUAGCUGGCGACGAUGAAGAGGAGUGGGAGGCGUUGCAACAAAGCAUCCAGCGGCGAGAGCGGGCCCUGCUGGAGACCAAGUCCAAGGUGACGCACCCCGUCUACAGCCUCUACUUCCCUGAGGAGAAGCAGGAGUGGUGGUGGCUCUACAUCGCCGAUCGCAGGGAUCAGACCCUGGUCUCCAUGCCCUACCACGUCUGCACACUAAAAGACACAGAAGAGGUGGAGCUGAAGUUUCCAGCCCCCUCCAAAACAGGCAAUUACCAAUAUUCUGUCAUCCUUCGUUCUGAUUCCUACCUGGGACUGGACCAGAUCAAACCACUCAAGCUGGAGGUCCACGAGGCCAAAGCCAUGCUGGACAACCACCCACAGUGGGACAUCCCUGACACAGAGGAGGAGGACGAGGAGCAGGAGGACAGCGAUGGUAUCGAGGAGAGUGAAGACGAUGAUGAGGACAACGACUGAAUGCGCGCGCACACACACACACACAC